AUGGACUACGCCAAAGAACUAGAAAUAGCCAGUCUGACUGUCCAGCGAGCCUCCAGAAUCACUAAAGCGGUCCUCGCAGCAGUCGACAAAGGCGCUCUAGACAAAAAUGACAACACUCCUGUCACAAUAGCCGACUUUGCGGCUCAGGCACUUAUUAUCAGCGCUAUCCACCAUGCGUUUCCGGACGAUGAAUUUGUGGGCGAGGAAUCGGCGGCCGCGUUGAGAGAGGACCCGGCGUUGUUGCAGAGGGUUUGGGGGCUUGUUUCAUCUGCUGCAAGUCAGUCCUCUUCAGAAGAGUGGAAGGGAAUAGAAUUGGCUACUCCACUUACGCAGGAGGAAAUGCUCCAUCUAAUCGACCUCGGCGGUAAGGGAAAAGGGGGAUCAAAGGGGCGCAUUUGGGUCUUGGAUCCUGUUGAUGGAACGGCAACAUUCAUUCGGGGACAGCAAUACGCCGUGUGUCUGGCGUUGAUGGAAGAUGGACGACAGAAAUUGGCUGUUUUUGGGUGUCCCAAUUUAAGACUUGAGUCUGACUCUGACUCGCCUGCUACGGGUAAGGUGCAUGAGGAUAUUGUGGAUAAGGAUGGCGAUGGCCAGAUGGUAUUUGCGAUUACUGGCCGGGGUGCGUUUAUUCAGCCUAUGAACUUCUCAUCGCCGUUGACGGCUUCGUUGGAGUCGGCAUCGCGAUUACCAAUGAAAGGGACAGACCUCAAACCGAGCGACGCCAGAUUCGUGGACUGCCAAGCUUCCAAAUCCAUCGACUAUGAGAAACACGGUCUUGUGGCAGCAAAGUUAGGCUCUUCCUGGCCUGCAACGGUUGAUCUGUGGUCCACGCAAAUGCGCUAUGUUGCCAUUGCGGUGGGCAAGGAAAGAGAAGGCGGAAACGCGCUUAUAAAAAUCCUUCGCAAUAAGUCCUAUAGAUCUAGCAUCUGGGAUCAUGUCGGCGGGAUGCUGAUUGUACAGGAAGUUGGGUGCGUCGUCACAGAUAUCUAUGGACGUGCUGUUAACUGUGGAUUGGGGAGGACUUUGGCUAAUUCGGCCGGGUUGGUUGUUGCCCCUGCUGCUAUUCACAAGGAGGUUUUAAGAGCAGCACAAGAGGUGGCUGGCAUAUAA